UAAACUGGCAACGCUGCCUACGUAAUACUUUUUUCGUAGUGGUACAUCGCUGCGUAUCAUUUUUGUGUAUAAAUAACGAUAAAUAUUAUUUACUUAACUCAAAGUAAAUAAAGUUAUUCAACAAGCUGCAGACUACUAGUUCUUACAUUAUAACAAUUACUCUGAUAUCAAAAUUAUGGCUGGCAAUGAGAAGAAAUUGGGUGUUAUUAUGUCUAUUACAAAGUCAGAUAAAUAUUUCGAAAUUCAGUACGAAACACAAGAAAAAGCUCGAUUAUACAUAUUAAAUAGUCAUGUAUUUAGAUACUACAUGUCCCCGACAGGCGAAUUUUUGGACUACCCUAAACCUAAUAACCCUACAGACAAAGCAAGAAUCAACAUCAAAUCUGUGGACGACUAUGAUAAAACCAUUUUCGAAAAAUCCUUUGUUGAAGAUACGGAAACAUUUUAUAUAGUUCAUACAAAUAAAAUCGAUAUAUUGUUUGAUAAGAUAAAAGGAACAAUGAGUGUUCGAGACAAAAGAACAAAUAAAAUAGUAUUAAUCGAACAAGAACCUCUUUCUUACGGAGAUAACAAAGCGACCCAAAUAUUACUACAAAACAAUGACGAAUUUUACUUUGGCGGUGGAAUGCAAAACGGUAGAUUUACACAUAAAGGCAAAAUCAUUGAAAUUGUCAACUCAAAUAAUUGGAUCGAUGGUGGCGUGUCAUCUCCGUGUCCUUUUUAUUGGUCAACGUUUGGUUACGGAGUGUUGAGAAAUACUUGGGAACCCGGCGUGUACGAUUUUGGAUCCAAAUCACAGGACAUUAUUAAAACUACUCAUCAGAUUGAAGAUUUUGAUGCUUUUUUCUUUAUCAAUUCGCAUCCCAAAGAUAUAUUGGUUGAUUAUUAUGAACUUACUGGAAAUCCAAUAUUUAUGCCUGAAUUUGCAUUUUAUGAGGCUCACUUGAAUACAUUUAAUCGAGACUAUUGGGUGAAAGUUCACCCUGACACAACCGGUGCAAUCUUAUUCGAAGAUGGCUUUUAUUACAAAAGUUAUCAGCCGAAAGAUAUCGAUGAUAAAAACGAAGGCAUUUUAGAAUCGUUAAAUGGAGAAAACAAUAAUUACCAAUUUUCAGCGAGAGCAAUGAUCGACAGAUAUAAAAUGUAUGAUAUGCCUCUAGGUUGGUUUGUACCAAACGAUGGUUAUGGCUCAGGCUAUGGCCAAACAGACACUUUAGAGGGAGACAUUGAAAACUUAAAACAAUUCGUCGAUUAUGCCAAGUCAAAUGGUGUUGAAGUAGCGCUUUGGACUGAGUCUAAUUUGGAGCCCGUCGAUCCUGAAAAUCCCAAAAAAGGCGACAGGGAUUUAAACAAAGAAGUUCGAGAGGCUGGAAUAGUAGCGUUGAAAUGUGAUGUCGCUUGGAUUGGAAGCGGUUACUCGUUCGCUUUAAAUGCGGUAGAACAUGCAAGCGAGAUAUUUUUGAAUGCAACAAAACAUAAUAAUAGAAAAAUGACAAUAAUGGUAGACGGAUGGGCUGGUACUCAAAGACAUUCUGGAAUAUGGAGUGGAGAUCAGCGCGGUGGAGAAUGGGAAUACAUACGUUUUCAUAUUCCCACAUAUAUCGGAUCAGGUCUUUCUGGGCUGCCUGUUAUUGGUUCAGAUAUGGAUGGUAUUUUUGGAGGCGGAGACAAAGAUGUAAAUAUUAGAGAUUACCAAUGGAAGACAUUUACGCCCCUGCAACUCAAUAUGGAUGGAUGGGGUUCAAAACCAAAAUAUCCAUUUAGUUAUAAUGAUGAAGCUAAAUCUAUAAAUAGGGCAUAUUUAAAAUUAAAAUCAAUGCUGAUGCCAUACAAUUAUAGCAUUGGAUAUGAGUCUACUCAAGGAUUUCCCAUGAUUAGAGCAAUGUUUAUAGAAUUUCCACAAGAAUUAUUAGGAUAUACAAUAGAAUCGCAAUAUCAGUAUAUGUGGGGGCCCAGUAUUUUGGUCGCCCCAAUAUAUAACGAGGAAACCAUUGAAAAAGAAUCAUUACGCCACGGUAUUUAUUUACCGGAUUCAAAUCAAGUUUGGAUCGACCUGUUUACAGGCGAAAAGUUCCAAGGUGGAAAAGUGUUAAAUAAUGUGAAAGUACCUUUAUGGAAAAUACCUGUAUUUAUUAGGGAGGGAGCUAUAAUACCUAUGACAAAUCCUAAUAACAAUCCAAAUGAAAUAGAAAGACACAUUAGAAUCUUUAAUUUAUAUCCAAAUAAUGAAUCAAGUUUUGAUGUAUACGAAGACGAUGGAUUUUCGUCAGCUUAUUUGUCAGGUCAUUUUGCAUCAACAAAAAUAAUCACUUAUGGUCCAAAAACAAAUGAAAAUAAAGAUCUUCAAAUUCAUAUUAACAAAACUGAAGGUAAAUAUGCCAACAUGAUCAAAGAAAGAUGUACUGUCAUACGAAUUAUGGCUUCUAAAGACAUUAAAACAUUGAAAGUAGCAAUCAAUGGCGAAACUAUCGAUAUUGUCAAAGUACAAUCACAAGAAGAAUUUGAUUUAAAGGAAAAUGUUUAUUACUUUAAUAGUGAUUUCAUUAUAAAUCCUUACUUGGUGGAAUUAGCUGGUAAAGAGAUACAUCAAAGUUUUUUGAUGAUAAAAAUCCAGACAAUGGAUAUAACAAAAAACGAUAUUCAAAUAAAAAUCCACGGUUAUGAAAAUGAAAGCACAAUAUAUGGAAAGUACUCUACAGUCGAUAAUUCUCUAAAAGCGCCUUCUGCUUUAACUGCAAAUGAACAUAAGAUAACAGCAACCACUAUACCUUUACAUUGGCCGGCAGUAAAAGAAUCAAUUUCUUAUGAAAUAGAAAAAGACAAUUUCGUGUAUACAAAUAUAAUUGGUACUGACUUCACUUUCGAUAAUCUUAAAAGUGAAUCAAAAUAUUCAUUCAGAAUUCGAUCAGUAAAAAACAAUACCGUCUCUGUAUGGAGCGAAUAUUACAUCGUACAUACAAAAAGUGAUCCUUUUAAAUAUAUAGUUACCGGUGUAAAAGUGUCUUGUAAUCUACCAUGCGAACCUGGACAAGAGGUAUGCAAACUCACAGACGGAGAUUUAUACUCCAUUUGGCAUACAGAUUGGGGCACCGCGGGCAAAGCUAAAUGCAACGACGGCCAUUUCAUAACCCUUAAUUUUGAUUUAGGAAAUGUAUACGAUAUAAAUAAAAUCGAAUACCUACCCCGAAAAGAUGCAGGAAACGGAACCUUUUUAACGGUGCAGUAUAAAGUAUCAAUCGACGGUAAAGACUGGAGUCAACCACUUACAACUGACUUUACUUGUGACGAAUCGACUAAAACUUUUGACCUAAAAACUUUAUCUACUUUUUGCCAUAAACGUAAUAUCAUCACAUUAAGAUACAUGAAGCUUAAAAUAUUAAAUAGUGUCGGCAAUUUUGGAUCCGGCCGGCAAAUUUUAUUUUAUACACCACCAGAAUAAAUAUCGCAUUAGCCACCAAUUUAUCAUCACUACAUAGUAUAAAAGAAAGUCGCUGUCGCUGUCUGUCAGUCCCUAUGUAUGCUUAAAUCUUUAAAAUUACGCAAAGGAUUUUGAAACAGUUUUUUUAAUAGAUAGAGUGAUUCAAGAGGAAGGUUUAUAUGUAUAAUACACGCAUAAUAUUGUAGAGAAACACUGAUCAAUUUAGAGGUUUCUAAUGUGAUGUCGUAAAUAAACACAUUUUUUUUGCGCUUAUAUUGCAAACGCUGGCUGAACCCCACGAGAUAAAUCAAAAUAAUAUACUGCAGUAUUGUACACCUUAAAAAGUCAACAAAAAAGUCCGCGAUGGUAUAUGUUUAUCUCUUCUCUAAGCCACAAUAAUAAUUUUUUAUCCUUUACAUUUUACAAAAAAAUAAAGGCUUAUUUACGAAGUGAUUUUAAACAAUACAGCAUUAAUUUUUAUCCAAUCAAAUACCUUCAAUAUGUCCCUUUACAGCAUGUAAUUCAACUGAAUAUUUUUGAAGAUAUUACAGAUUUAAAAUGCAGGGACAAAGAGGAGCGGCGGUACCGGCCCGGCCGGCAUCUCGUGCCUAUAUAAUGUGCGUCGGGGUUCGCACUUUGCCCUAUAACACUUUAUCACGUUUGUAUUGUCUAAUGACAAAAAUCUGUAAACGUUAUUUAUAAGGACAUUCUGUAGUAGGUAGGUAUAUUUAGUAUCAGCAUUGCACCCGUGCGCAGCCAGGGCGGGUCGCUAUUUUAAAUAUUAUAUAAAUAAAUAAUGCCCGUUAGGAAUUUAUGGAAACAAGGUAUAAAAACCGUAGUAAAUCUAAAAGCGACUUUGUGAUUUGUAUACAAAUGGAUCUAUCAUAUUACACAUGUGAUAGUAUGAUUGCUAAUAUGUGAUAUUAGCUACCUUUAUAAUAAUGUUUAAAAUUUCUUAGUGAUUUAUAGUCACAUUUCAUUGAAUGGCAUAUUUUUAUAGCUUUCCUUAGUGCAAUGAAUUCUCAAGUAGCAUACAACACAUAUAUAAUAGAUGAAGUAUAUUUAAGUAUGUUAUACUAAAUCUAUAAUAUUUAUUGAUAAUGUUAUAUAAGUAUAAAUCUUAACUUGUUAAAUCUAUUUUAUAUUGCAGAGCUUGUUUGGUAUUAUAAUAAUACAGAAUAUUUUUGUAUAAGUAUAUUAUAAAAAUGUUAUUCCAUUACAAUUAAGUUUAUUAUGCUGCCAUGUUAUAUUGUAUUAUUACUUGUAAGUUAUUUCAAAGGCUUUUUACUGUGAUCGUACCAAUUUAUAUACUAUG